UCAAUAAUUAAUGAGAAGAAGAAAAACACACAUGACUCAUUUUCUAAACAUAUUUAAACGUAACAUUUAAACGGUGCACAGUGACAGAUUGUCAGACGUUGGUGUACUCUAUUAUCAGUUUAGCGUGUUAUUGUGAUAGCAGUAAUAUGUAGCGAUACUUGUUUAUCUCGACGAGGCAGGUUUUAACCUAGUGGCGAGCGGCGUAACAGUCUGAAUGUGUUAGUGCUGUAUCAGCUUACAAUUGUUCCCCCCAAAACCGAUUCGUUUUAUAGUUGUUUUAGCUUGAUUUUAAAAACUGCUGCCCCAGAGAUGGCAUCAGCAGCGACGACGGAUCCGGGUUUUAAUCCCGGAGCCAUAGGGUUACCAGAGUCUGUGGUCCCCGCUAGCAUGUUUGCUCCAGCGCGGGGAUGCGGCGAGGACGACGGGGCGGAGUGCUUCGAGGACGGGGAGAUGUUCAACGGCGAGGCCGUGGAUCUCGGCAUUGACUUCUCCAGCAAGCUAGCCCUGGUCAGUCCCAAUGGGGAACAGUAUGACUUACUACUACGGCAGCUACGUGAGAGGAUGGACGAGGGCUGCGGGGAGACCAUCUAUGUCUUGGGGGUGGGUUCAGAUGGAGGAGACUAUGGUUUGAAUGAGAGUGAUAUGCAGGCGUCUGUGGCCACAGUAAGGUCCAUGUGUGAGCAGAUUGAGGCAGACCUCAUCCUGUUGAGAGAGCGUGCCGAAGCUGGCGGCCAGGUCAGAGAUUACCUUAUUCGCCGUCGAGUGGGAGAAGCGGACUUCCUGGAGGUUAGGGUGGCUGUAGUGGGGAAUGUGGACGCCGGUAAGAGCACUCUGCUGGGUGUGCUGACUCAUGGAGAGUUGGAUAAUGGACGUGGCUUUGCACGACAGAAGCUCUUCAGGCACAAGCAUGAAAUGGAGAGUGGCCGCACCAGCAGCGUGGGCAAUGACAUCCUGGGAUUUGAUCAAGAAGGCCAGGUAGUUAACAAGCCUGACAGCCAUGGAGGCAGCCUGGAUUGGACCAAGAUCUGCGAGAAGUCUUCUAAAGUCAUUACCUUUAUUGACCUUGCUGGCCAUGAGAAGUACUUGAAGACUACUGUGUUUGGAAUGACCGGCCAUCUGCCUGAUUUCUGCAUGCUGAUGAUUGGAAGUAAUGCAGGAAUUGUUGGCAUGACCAAAGAGCACCUGGGUUUGGCAUUAGCUCUCAAUGUUCCUGUCUUUGUGGUGGUUACAAAGAUUGACAUGUGUCCAGCUAAUAUUCUUCAAGAGACCUUGAAGCUCCUGCAGAAGAUAUUAAAGUCUCCAGGAUGCAGAAAGAUCCCUGUCCUAGUCCAGAACACAGAUGAUGUCAUCGUCACAGCAUCCAAUUUCAGUUCUGAGAGAAUAUGCCCCAUCUUCCAGAUCUCUAACGUCACAGGAGAAAACAUGGACCUGCUGAAGAUGUUCCUGAACCUGCUCUCCUCCAGAAGCUCAUUCAAAGACCACGAGCCUGCUGAGUUCCAGAUAGACGACACCUAUUCAGUACCUGGUGUAGGAACAGUAGUGUCUGGGACCACGUUACGAGGGCUGAUUCGACUCAAUGACACUUUGCUUCUUGGACCAGACCCUUUGGGCGCUUUCCUCUCCAUCACUGUCAAAUCCAUUCACCGCAAGAGGAUGCCUGUGAAAGAGGUCCGCGGUGGACAGACGGCCUCUUUUGCUCUGAAAAAGAUCAAGCGCUCUUCAAUAAGGAAGGGCAUGGUCAUGGUGUCACCACGAUUAAACCCGCAGGCAUACUGGGAGUUUGAGGCCGAGAUACUAGUUUUACAUCACCCGACGACCAUCUCGCCUAGAUAUCAAGCAAUGGUGCACUGCGGCAGCAUCAGGCAAACAGCCACAAUCCUCUCUAUGACCAGUGACUGCUUACGCACAGGAGACAAAGCUACCGUACACUUCCGCUUCAUUAAAACCCCAGAGUACCUGCACAUAGACCAGAGGCUCGUGUUCAGAGAGGGAAGAACCAAAGCUGUGGGCACCAUCACAAAGUUGCUCCUGUCAACAAAUAAUCAGCCGUCAAACUCGAAACCUCCGCAAAUCAAGAUGCAGUCAACAAAGAAAGCCCCGGCUAGAAGAGAGGAUGGAGUGGCCCCGUCCAAUGAGGAGAGCGCUAGCACAGGAUCGCCAGCCGCCCAGCAAAACGUACCACAACAGGCAGAAAUGGAGGAAGACCCUCAAAACAAAGAGAACAAGCCAAAGUCUGGAGGCAGAAGACGAGGAGGUCAGCGGCACAAAGGCAAACCUCAAAGCAAUUCCACAGUGACCCUCGCUGGUGCGGUCGGGGGCUGCUAAAGAGUCCAGCUCACCCUCCAUGUUUUACUCGCGCCUUUCACCUGCCCACAAGGACCAGACCACUUUGAUGACAAGGCUUAAGAGUUCACAGAACCAACUUGCACAUUGUUUUGUGAAUUUUAAUUUAUUAUAAGAUGUGCGUGUGUUCGUAGACUGUAUAUACCAUAGAUUUUGAGACUAUAGGACACCUAAUGCAUAGUGGUUCUGUUUUGGCUGUAAAUGUCAGCAUAAGAAGGAUAAACUUUAAGUCCAUUCUUCUUGCUGAACAUGACAUCAUGUACUUGCUCUAUGACUGUCAUUCUUAUCACAUUUUUAGGAUAAUCCCAAUGGAAAUUAUGUAAAGCUCUGGCGGCUGAACUCUUCAUUAUGUAGCCAACUGUUUUUAAGGGACAAUUAACAAGACUUGUCACACAAUUGCGUUUAAUUUGAAUUAGCAUUGUUAUUGUGGACCAUGACGAUAAGAACUGGAUGCAUUCCCGAUGCUUUCGGUUGGUGUUAAGACCUGAAUUCAGUGGGGGCUGAGGACACUGUGACUGCAAAGUUAGCUGGCAGCUAGUUUAGUGUGAAAUGUGAAUUGGCAGUUAAACGCACAUUGAAAUCUAAUCACACUCAUUGCUAAUUACCUCAUAUUAGUUUAUUUACACGUGCCCAAAUCUUUGGUCAAGCUGAGCAAAUCACUCGAGUGUUUGUCAGGCCUUACAGACUUGGCUCAGGAUCUGGGAACAUACUCAAAUGAUCAAAUAAGAUACUUCAGACUACCCAGUGAAAUAUACACAGAGUAAGGGACGAAGAACAGAAUGUAGAUCUUGAGGUUAUAAAAUGUGUAUAAUAGUUCAUGAUGGGGAAACUUUACAAACCAGUGCCAGUUGUUCUUAAGAAAGAAAAAAAAAAGUUUUAUUAACCUUUUCUUCCAGCUGUGAUCUAUAGGCCUUCAGAACACUUGCUGUAAUUUCUUUCAGAUGGUUUUACUGUUUAUUGAGCUUUAGUAUUCACACCCUAGUGGCAAUAUGAUACCUGGACCAUUCUCUGCGUUUUCAUGUGAAACUCAUUUUCCACUACCAAUCUACAAAUAAACUGAUGUUCACAAUA